CCUCUCUCAGUCUUCAUAAGCUUGCCGCCGGCGGCCACCAUGACUGCUGCUGCUGCAGAGGUUGCUCGAACUGUCGUCGGUAUCUUAGGAAACAUCAUCUCCGGCUUCCUGUUCUUGUCUCCAGUGCCAACGUUUGUGGGAAUAUGGAAGAAAGGGUCGGUACAGGAAUUCUCGCCGGCGCCGUACUUAGCGACUCUGGUAAACUGUAUGGUUUGGACGCUGUACGGCCUUCCGAUCGUCCACCCUCACAGCAUCCUUGUCGUCACCAUUAACGGCUCCGGCGUUGUGAUCGAGAUCGUCUUCAUCGCCCUCUUCCUCAUCUAUUCUCCUCCCAGAAAGCGAGUCAAGGUCCUCGCCUGGUUCAUCCUCGAGCUCAUCUUCAUCGCUACUCUUACCGUCCUCACUUUAACUCUCGCUCAUUCUCACAAGAAACGCUCCGCCAUCGUCGGAACCCUCUGCAUUAUCUUCAACAUCAUGAUGUACGCUUCUCCUUUAGCGGUCAUGAAAUUGGUGAUCACCACGAAGAGCGUUGAAUUCAUGCCCUUCUUCAUCUCUCUCGCCGCCUUUGGAAACGGCGUCGCUUGGACCACUUACGCUCUUAUUCGUUUUGAUCCUUUUGUCAGUGUGCCGAAUGGGCUUGGGACGUUAUUGGCGGCGGCUCAGCUUAUUCUGUAUGCUACCUAUUACAAGAACACAAAGCGGUUGUUGGCUGCGAGGAAGGCCAAAGGAUCAGAGAUGAAUAAUCUGUCGGAAGUUGUCGUCGGAAAUGGAAGCCGAGGCCCCGACAAGAUUGAGGCUGCUCCCAAAUAA